UAGCUUGUACUUGAUUUGAUUGUAAGAAUUGUACCAAUUUGAUUAGUAAGUUUAUUAAGUCUUUAGGCACAAAUCAAGUCCCAAAUACGGACCGAACGAUUAUUUACUGAAUGGGCCAUAUUGAUAGUAACCGACAUGAAAUACAAAUCAUCAGUACUUGUGCAGUGUAUUUCUACAAUAAUUUCAACAAUUUAUUUAAAAAAAAAGUUUAAACCUUCGCACAUGCAUUCUAUGUACGAAGUUAUAUCUAAAAUCUGUAAAACAUCACAACUCGAAAUCUAAAUCAAGAAUAUUCUACUUGAUCACCUGAAAUCACUGGAUCUAGUAAAAAAAAAGGAUCAAUGUCACUUUUUGGUACGAGAGCCGUGUCCAGUAUGUGGUUGCUGGUUUUGUCUUUGCUGGUAUUACCAUUACAAUACACACAAGCAGCUCAGAUCUUGGCUCUGGUACCACUAGCAGCCAAAAGUCAUUGGAACGUUUUGGAUACAGUGCUGCAGACACUGGUAGCCCGUGGACACAAUGUGACGGUUAUAACGCCGUUUCUCAAAGGCAGGUCGAUCGCCAAUUACACCGAAGUGGACAUUUCGCACACCUUACCGUCUGGUAUUGCAAUGCCUUGGGAAAACAUAAUGGGCGAAUGCUCGGUAGCUAAUAAUCUUCCGUAUUUGAAUGGUCGUCAUCGGUUCACGUGCGAUAUCGUAUUUGGUCUCGAUGAAUUUUGGAACACCAUAAGAUCACACAAGUUUGAUUUGUUCAUCACAGAGUUGUUGGCUUCGUCUUGCGAUUCAUACGUUUCUCAUCAUCUACAGAUACCUCAAAUUUUAGUAACUGCUAGUCAUAUGAACACGUGGUAUCACGACACCUUUGCUAGUCACACGAACCCUGCAUACGUGUCCACGUUCCAUUCUGGGUUUGCCACGCCGUCGAACUUUGUCCAACGGUUCAUGAAUUUUUACGAUUACUUGUAUUCUCAUUUAGUAUAUAAAUGGGUAGACCGCGAGGCGACGAAAAUCGGUCGCAAGUACUUUGGGCCAGACGUGCCGGACGCGGAUACAGUGAUGAAAAACACGUCGUUGGUGUUCAUCAACGGCCAUUUUACCGUGGACUUGCCUAAACCUGUUUUACCCAAUUUCGUGGAUAUCGGAGGCAUUCACUUGGUACCUCCCAAACCGCUGCCGCAAGAUAUUAAACAAUUUAUCGACGAAUCUCCCAAUGGCGUGAUAUACUUUACGUUUGGAUCUACCGUUAAAAUGGAUACAGCUCCUUUGCACAUACAAAAAGCUUUUGUCGAAGGAUUGUCUGGAAUCUCACACAGAGUAUUGUGGAAAUACGAGAGCGCUACUCUCGGACAAUUACCGGACAAUGUAAUGAUCAGGAAAUGGUUUCCGCAAAGAGAUAUACUAAAUUACAGUAAAGUAGACUUGUUUAUAUCACACGGUGGAAUGGCGGGUGUGUACGAAGCCAUCGACAGUGGAAUACCUGUGUUGGGCAUACCGUUAUUUUUCGACCAAAAACACAAUAUCGCCAACGUGGUGCAUUGGGGCGCAGGUAAGAUGUUGGACUACAACACGCUAACCAAUGAGACACUGGUGGAAGCCAUUAACGAAAUGAUCUACAAUAGGGCUAAGUACAGGAAAAAUGCCAUGGAACUGUCUAAAAGAUUUAAGGACCGACCAAGGACGCCAAAACAAGAGAUAGUAUAUUGGACUGAGUAUGUAAUCAAACAUAAAGGAGCUCAUCAUUUGAAAUCUGCCGCGUUGAAGUUGAAUAGAUUUCAAUAUUUUCUGUUGGAUAUCAUUUUUUUACUUUUCUUUGCCUUAACAACAAUUGCGUUGUUUGUUUAUAUCGCUACGAAAAGUAUUACUCAUAAACUAAGUACAUUAUCAAAGCACAAACGCGAAUAAAUUAAUAGUUUUCCUAUUUUCCAUUAUCAUAAUUGUAUCGUUAUGUUAUCAACGUUUUUUUCUUAACAUUUAGAUUAUUAGUAUUACAUUGUAUAUUACUCUUCAUUAGUUAUAGGCUUUAUUCGUUGUUUUUUUA